GUGUUGUUGUUUAGUUAGUAUAAAAAAUAUAAUAUUUAAUAUUUAAUAAUAAAAAUUAUAUUAUAAAAAAAAUAUUAAUCUGUGGGAAAACAUUGUUCCGGAAGGUGCGCCGAUGCGCAGUUAUACAAUGCGCAUAUUCUUGUUUUGUUAAAGUUUUUGACGCGGGGGACGAAAAGCAUAACACGGGGCAUGGCGUGGUGGUGUGCGCGGUCUAGUAAACAACUUGUGUGCAAAUCGUGCGGGAAUCUCGUCUCGUUUUGCUCUCUUCCCCGAUUACCUUGUCUCUCAUUCGUUUUUUAUUAUUGUGUUUCUUGAUAUUGCCUUGUUAUGUUUUUAAUAUUAUUAUUUUUUAAAAAUGUGUCAAUGAUUUUGUUAUUUUAAAAUUACAGUGUCUCAGUGUACUCUAGUUAAUACAACAACAACAAUUUUCAUUAAAUAUAUUAUUGAAUGAAUAAUAAAAAAAUUAUAUUUUAAUCAAGUUAUUUUGUAGUUUCUUGGUGGAAAAUUUAAUCGAAAUUCUACGAGGAUAGUGGAUACAUAAUAAAAAAAUACAAAAAAUUAAUAAUAAAAUAGAAAGGAACUUAAGAAUAAAAAAAAAAAAACUAAAGAAAAAAAAAGACAGAUAUAGUGUGCUUUUUGAUAUUCCAAGUUGUGUUUAGCCGAUUAAAAAAAAAAUACAAGAAAAAAAAAAAAGGCCCUGGCGUGGAAUUUUUUUUUAAGACAGCGUGCCUCUUUUUGUCUCUUGUAUUCUUAUUAAAAAUUGGUUCUUCUCAUCUCUCUCAGUAUCAAGAGAGAAAUAUGAUAGAAGUUAUUUGUGGCAGAAUCAUCGUAUAGCGAAAAAAAACAAAAUUAUUAAAAGGACACUGACUUGGUCAAUGACAUAUUAAAAUACUUAGCUAAAAGGUCAAAAUAAUAUAAAUUUAAACUGAAUUUUAUAACGUCAAUUUUAAAUACUAAAAAUAAUAAUAUUAUUUUAUAAAUAAACUUUGUAUUAUGAUGACUAUUUUGAGGAAAAAAAAUGAUCCAAAUUUACCACCAGAUUGUGUUGAAAUAAAAAAAUACUAAAAUGAAUCAUUAAAAUUAGUUGGAAAAAAACCAAAACGUCAUGAUUCGUUGUCGACGAUUAAUUAUUAUGAUGUGUCCAACAUCAAAUGAUCAAAUUUUUAUAAAAUUUUUCCUAUAAGUUAAAUUUAAAAAGGAUAAACAAAAAAAGAAGAUAAUAAAAUAUAAAAAAAUGAUGUCAAUGAGUAACAUGGAUUCUUUUCAAGUCAGUAUAACCUGUCCAAACUGUCUAAACAGCAAAGAAAUGUUGUCAUCAUCACCAGCAUCAUCAUCUUCAUCAAAUUGCACAGUAACAAGUUGUUUACUUUGCGAACGUCUUCAUGGUGAAUCAACGAUACCGCGGCCUUUUAAUAACAACAAAAAAACCAACAACAAAAAUAACAAUAGUUGUUGUGAUAAUAAUCAAAGAUCCAGAAUUAAUGAAAAUAUAUUUUUCGAUGAUAAUAGCAAUCAUCAAAGUAUAACAAGAACAAUGAGACAAUGUAUUUCAAAUAAUUUACAUAAUAAAAAAUCACGUGGAUCAGUUAGAUGUGCAUCUAGUGUUGUGCGAUGGUUAACGAUAAUUAAUAAUUUAAAAAUCAAUAAAUUAUUAUUAUCUUUUUUUUAUUUUAUAUUAUUGACUAAUAUAAUAACGAAAACUGAAGCUGUUGAUAGAUCAUUUAGAUCACUAAUACCACCAACACCAUUACCAAUUAAUUUAACAAAUUCAGAAGACAUUCAACCGAACACAAAACCAAAAGUGUGCCAAAGUAUAGACGUAAGAAACUCCGUGACCCAAUUAGAUGUAUUAAAAGGUUGUACGGUGGUGGAAGGAUUUGUACAGAUACUCUUGAUUGACAAUGCUCAUGAAUCACAGUUUGAAAAUUACACGUUUCCAAAUUUAAUUGAAAUCACUGGAUAUCUUGCAUUGUACAGGGUAUCAGGACUCAGAAGUAUUGGACAUCUAUUUCCCAAUUUAACUGUUAUUCGUGGAUCAACACUUUUCAUAAAUUAUGCACUUGUUGUAUUUGAGAUGCAAAAUUUACAAGAGAUUGGCCUGCAUUCAUUGACUGACGUUUUAAAAGGUUCAGUGAGAUUUGAAAAAAAUCCACAAUUAUGUUAUGUUGAUACAAUUGACUGGAACGCUAUCACUAGAUCUGAAAGCGAUAAUAUCAUUUCGGGUAAUAAACCGAAAAAUGGAUGUCCAGUUUGUGAAAGAAUUAAAGGCUGUCCAUCGAAAAAAGAAAAAAAAAGUGAAUAUCUAUGUUGGAAUGCUCAACAUUGUCAAAAAGUUUGUGAACGACAAUGUGGAAAUUUGCCAUGCUCACCAAGUGGUGAAUGUUGUCAUUCCGAGUGUAUUGGUGGAUGCUCUGAUCUUUCACCAAACACUUGUUAUUCAUGUAAAAAUUACCUCAGCAGUAAUGGAACAACAUGUGUAUCAGAAUGUGAUGCAAAUUCUUAUCUUUAUAUGGAACGUCGUUGUAUUUCAAAAGACGAAUGUAAAUCAAUGAAAAAACCACUUGAAGCUCUGCCUGAUAUUGCUGAAUUUCCAUAUAAACCAUUUAGAAAUAUUUGUGACAUAAAUUGUCCAGUUGGUUAUACAGAAAAUAAAACUGAAAUAUGUACACAAUGUUCUGGACAAUGUCAAAAAAAAUGUCCAAGUAUAAAUGUUGAUAGUGUUGGUAAAAUACAAAGUUUACGUGGUUGUACAAUAAUUGAAGGAAGUCUUGAAAUACAAAUACGUGGUGGUAAAAAUAUUGUUAAAGAAUUAGAAGAUUGUUUAAGUUCAAUUGAAGUUAUAAAUGGUUAUUUAAAAAUAGUACGUAGUUUUCCAAUAAUAUCAUUAAAUUUUUUACGUAACUUGAAAGAAAUAAAAGGUGAAUUACUUGAAAAUAAUAAAUAUAUAUUAUCUGUACUUGAUAAUCAAAAUUUACAAGAAUUAUGGAAUUGGCAAAUACGUCCACCAAUUAAACUUGGUAAUGCUAAUGAUACAAUAAGACCAAAAAUAUUUUUUCAUUUUAAUCCAAAAUUAUGUUUACAAAAUAUACGUGAUUUACGUGAUAAAUCAAAUUUAUCUGAUUUUACGGAUUUAGAAGUUGCACCAAAUUCAAAUGGUGAUAAAGUUGCAUGUAAUGUUACUGAAUUAUAUACAAUUGUUACAAAACGUACAUCUGAAGCAGCAUUAAUACAAUGGAAUGCAUUUGAACAUCAUGAUCCACGUUCAUUACUUGGUUAUGUUGUUUAUUUUAUUGAAGCACCAAAUCGUGAUGUUGAAAUGUAUGAUGGACGUGAUGCAUGUGGUAAUGAUGGUUGGCAUGUUGAUGAUGUACCAAAUAGUUCAUCUGAACCAUAUUUAAUACAUAUUUUAACUCAACUAAAACCAUAUACACAAUAUGCAUUUUAUGUUAAAACAUAUACAAUAUCAACUGAAAGAUCUGGUGCACAAAGUAAAAUACAAUAUUUUACAACAUUACCUGGUAUACCAUCAUCACCAAGAGCUCUAACAACAUGGAGUAAUUCAAGUAAUGAAAUGGUUAUAACAUGGCUAGCACCAUUACGUUCAAAUGGUAAUUUAACACAUUAUAAAAUUGUUGGUAGACUUGAACUUGAUGAUCCAAGUUUUCUUGCUAAACGUAAUUAUUGUGAUGAGCCAAUGUCACCAGAAAAAAAAUCAAUAUUAUUAUUAGCUGACGAAGAACGUAAACGUGCUGAAGCUGAAAAAUAUAUACCAAAACAAACUGAUACAUCAUGUGAUUGUACUGAUCAUGAAGCUAAACAAUCAAUGCGUGAAAAAGAAGUUGCUAGUUCAAUUGCAUUUGAGGAUGCAUUACAUAAUCAGGUGUAUGUUAAACGUGUACAUAAUAGAAGAAGAAAACGUUUUGUUGAAAAUGAUAUUGGUAAUGAUGGUGAUCAUCAUCAUCACAAUCAUAAAAUUGAAAGUAAUAUUAUGCAUAAUACAAGAUGUCGUCGUGAUGUACCAUCAAAUUUAAUGAUAAAUCAAACAACAACAACGACAAAUGUCGUUGAUAAAAUUGAAAAUGGUACAUAUACUGUAUUUACACGUGAAAUACCAGCAAAUAAUUUUACAUUUGUCAUGAAACAAUUGAGACAUUAUGGUGCUUAUAAUAUUGAAUUAUCAGCAUGUCGUGAAGCAGUUGUUAAUGAAAGUUUACCAACUUGUUCACCAAAAGGUAUGCGUACAUAUCGUACAUUACCAUUAGAAAGUGCUGAUGAUAUACCAAAUGGUACAUUUAAAUUUACCCUAUUAGGUGGUAAUAAUAGUCAACAAAUUGUUAAACUUGAAUGGGAUGAACCAGUACAACCAAAUGGACAAAUAAUAACUUAUCAAAUUGUUUAUAAACGUAUUGAUAUUGAAAAUGCACAACCAACAACAGUAUGUAUAACACGUUAUGAUUUUAUAAUAUCUAGUAAAUCAUAUUCAUUAAAAGAUUUACCAGCUGGUAAAUAUUCAAUUAAAAUAAAAGCAACAAGUUUAGCUGGUAGUGGUAAUUAUACAUUAUCACAAAUUUUUUAUAUUAAUGAAGUCAGUACACAUAAUUAUAUAUUAAUUACAGUAUUUAGUGUUAUUGUUAUAUUAUUUAUAAUAUUUAUAUCUGGUGCAUAUAUUAUUAAACGUAAAUAUAUGCCAAAUGUACCAAGUAUGAGACUAAUUGCAACUGUUAAUCCUGAAUAUGUUAGUUCAUUAUAUGUACCAGAUGAAUGGGAAAUGCCAAGAAAUAAAAUUGAAUUAGUACGUGAACUUGGUAAUGGUUCAUUUGGUAUGGUUUGGGAAGGUUUAGCUAAAGACAUUGAUAGUUUACCAGAUAUGAAAUGUGCUGUUAAAACAGUCAAUGAAACAGCAACUGAUCAAGAAAGAAUUGAUUUUUUAAAUGAAGCAUCUGUUAUGAAAACAUUUAAAACACAUCAUGUUGUUAAAUUAUUAGGUGUUGUAUCAAUUGGUCAACCAACACUUGUUAUUAUGGAAUUAAUGCAAUAUGGUGAUUUAAAAGGUUAUCUUAGAAGUCAUAGAGCUGAUGAGGCUGAUUGUACUAGUGAACCACCACCAACAUUUCAUAGAAUUUUACGUAUGGCUGUUGAAAUUGCUGAUGGUAUGGCAUAUUUAUCUGCUAAAAAAUUUGUACAUCGUGAUUUAGCUGCACGUAAUUGUAUGGUUGCUGCUGAUUUAACAUGUAAAGUUGGUGAUUUUGGUAUGACACGUGAUAUUUAUGAGACAGAUUAUUAUCGUAAAGGUUCAAAAGGUUUAUUACCAGUUAGAUGGAUGUCACCAGAAAGUCUUAAAGAUGGUGUUUAUACGAUUAAUUCUGAUGUAUGGAGUUAUGGUGUUGUACUAUGGGAAAUUGUUACACUUGCAUCACAACCAUAUCAAGGUUUAUCAAAUGAUCAGGUUUUAAAGUAUGUUAUUGAGGGUGGUGUAAUGGAAAAACCAGAAAAUUGUCCAGAACGUCUUUAUUAUAUUAUGAGAAAAACAUGGGAUCAACGACCAAGUCGACGUGUUACAUUUUGUAGUAUUGUAUCAAUGUUACUCAGCUAUGAGAAUCCAGAUUAUGAAGGUUUUGAUAAAGUUAGUUUUUAUCAUUGUAAUGAUGGAAUUGAAGCACGUAAAGCAAAUAAAUUACAACAACAACAACAGCAGCAACAAUUACAGCAGCAACAGCAGCAACAACAGCAACAGCUACAACCUUCAAUUAGAAGGGAUUAUGGUGUUUCGAUGCAUGACUUGUAUGGUGAAGAUGACUCGGAAAAUAAUGAAAGAUCACCCCUACAUGCUGACAGUGAUUUGGCAAAUAAUGAUCAAAUUGGAAUGCAAAGUAGUAUGAAUUCAAUAUCAGAAUCAGAUGGUGAUUUUGAUGAUCAUAUUAUUGAUGAAAGUUAUAAUAAAAAUGAAUCAGAUCCAUCAAUAAUUGCCAUUAGAAAUAUUCAACAUUUUGAUGGUGCAUCUGGUUGUUCAUUAACAUCAAGUAAAGGAACACUUGAUUUUCCAUUUGUUGAAGAUAGUUUACCAUCUGUUAGAACUUCACCAUCCAUUCCAAAAAAUAGUUUAACACCAAGAAGUAAUAUUAGUCCAAUAUCUGCUAAUAAUUCCAUAAAUUUACAUGAUAGAAUUGAUACAUUGUUACUUGAUAAUAAUAGAUUACGUCAAAAAUCACAUAAACAAAGUCCUGAUUAUGAAAAUCAUGGUUCACAAGUUAUGGCAUCAAUUGAAAAUAGAGAUACACAAUUAAAAAUUCAUUAUCCACAAUUGGAUGAUCGUGUUGAUAUUAAUAAUGUGUCAAAUGAAGAAAAUAUUAAAGAGUCUGAUUAUCCUGAAAAAAUUGAACUCAACAAUGGCUACAUUGGUAAUUCAACUGUUUAGUCUGAUAGUAGUUCAAACGAAAAAAACAAUUUUAAACAUGAAAAACACAAUUGUGCUGAUUAAUAAGGCUUUUUUUUUUUUUUUUACUUUCUUUUUCAAAAUUUUAAUUUAAAUAAUUAGUUUUUAAGACACCAAAAAUGGUGCAAAUGAAAAUAAUGAGUAAUGACAAAUGACUUUUUCUUUUUUUUGUUUUUUAUCAUAAGUCUUUUUUAAAAUUUAUUUUUAAAAAUUGAGGUUUAGUAAAUAUACAUAAAUAUAUAUUUCUUUUUUAACAAAUAAUUAUUUUUUCAUGUCAUUUAUAAGCAACACACCACAAUGGUAU